AUCCACUGUAAAAGCUGAUCAAUUGUUUAAAUAUGAAAAUCCAUUUCAUUCAGUUGUGGAUACAUCAAUUAAAUUAUUAUCCUUAUCAGUAGAUGAAUGUGUUAAACCAAUUGAAUUAAUUGAAGAUAUGAAUAAAAUUGAUUUGAAUGCAUUGAAUGAUGCUUUCAAUAAAACUGUGAAAAGUAAUCAAGCUGCAUUAUCAUUGGUUGGUCCUAAUCUAGGCGCUAUUGAACCUGUUCAAGUGUUACUUAAAGAAUAAUAAUGAUUCUUAUUAUUACCAUACUACGUAUAUUAUCUUUCUUACCCUCCUUUCCUAAAAAAAAAUUAUUUGGCAGUAAAUAUUUUUAGUAAUGUUGAAAUGCACUUUGUCAUGAAGUAAAUAGUUUCAAUAAAAGGCUAGUUCA